GCAGCUUCUCUCAUUAUGAUUCCUCCUCAUACAGGCCUGGCUCAGUCCCACCGCCGGCCUCUGGAGCUUGCAGGGCCGGCCACCUGGCCGCUCUUUGAAGAUACUCCCGCAGAUGGUCUCAGGACCCUCCUCCGGCUGCCGGCUGCAGGCUGCAGAGACGUCAGCCCCUCGGAGCCGGCCCCCCCCCCCGACCUCCCCGGGGUCCUGGCGGCAGAGACAACAUCCCAGCAGGAGCGGCUCCAGGCCAUUGCAGAGAAGCGGAGGAGGCAGGCAGAGAUCGAGAGCAGGCGCCGGCAGCUGGAGGACGACCGGCGGCAGCUGCAGCACCUGAAGUCCAAGGCGCUGCGGGAACGCUGGCUGCUGGAGGGGACACCGUCCUCCGCCUCUGAGGGGGACGAGGACAUGAGGAGGCAGAUGCAGGAGGAUGAGCAGAAGGCACGGUUCCUUGAGGGCUCCAUCUCCAGGCUGGAGAAGGAGAUUGAGGAGCUGGAGAACCCCGAUGUGCUGCCUGCCACCAAGGAGGGCACAGCAGCCCCAAGCCCAGCCCGCGCCCCGGCCCCGGCCCCGCCCCCCACCCAGGAGGACCAGAAGGCAGAGGUGGUGCUGAAUUCUCAGCAGACACCGGUGGGCACACCCAAAGAGAAGAGAAUCUCCAACACCCCCAUGAGGAUGGUCGAAGGCUCCACCAUGAUGAAGGCAGCCAUGUACUCGGUGGAGAUCACGGUGGAGAAGGACAAGGUGACUGGGGAGACGCGGGUGCUGUCCAGCGCCACCGUGCUCCCCCGGGAGCGCCUCCCUCAGGGCGUCAAGGUCUACGAGGACGAGACCAAAGUGGUCCAUGCCGUGGAUGGCACUGCGGAGAAUGGGAUCCACCCCCUGAGCUCCUCUGAGGUGGACGAACUCAUCCACAAGGCAGACGAGGUCACGCUGAGCGAAGCGGGGUCCGCGGCAGGGCCAGUGGAGCCCCGGGGACCACCGUUGGAGGAGGCCAUCCGGACCACGCCCGCCAGGCGGGAGAUCACAGGAGUUCAGGCCCAGCCGGGAGAGGCCACGUCGGGCCCGCCAGGCAUCCAGCCCGGCCAGGAGCCCCCAGUCACCAUGAUCUUCAUGGGCUACCAGAGCGUGGAAGAUGAGGCCGAGACCCAGAAGGCGCUGGGCUUGCAGGACACCAUCACCGCGGAGCUGGUGGUCAUCGAAGACGCUGCUGAGCCCCAGGAGCCCGCCCCACCCAACGGCAGUGCGGCUGAGCCCCCUGCCACUGAGGGCUCCAGAGAGGAGAACCAGGUGGGGCCUGAGGCCCCCGCCAGUGACGCCCAGGACCUAGACAUGAAGAAGCAGCGCUGUAAAUGCUGCUCCAUCAUGUGAACCGCCCGGCCCCCCAGACCCCGGCCCUGCCUCUGCACCGGACACCCACAGCCUGGCCCUCACAGCGCCCGCCCACCCUCCACCCGCAGUCAUGGGCCCAGGACGCGCUGUGUCGUCACGUGUUCCUCCUGAGUUGUCUUUCACUGGAAAGAGAGGGUCAGGGGUCCCCCGUCCCAUCACCACACCCCACACCCCUAAACCACUGAGCCGUGCACCCAUGCCUGGUAGGAGAAACACGGAUGUUCCCGCUUCUCCCUGCACGAGGGCCUCUCACGUGGCGGCAGCUCCACAAGGUGGCUCUAGCCCACAGCGGUCCUGGCCGAUGUGACCCGCGGCCUCCACACAGCCCCAGGCCAAGCUGCCACCUCUGGGCCUCCUGCCUGUGCCUUCCUGCCACCUCCAAUGAGGUCCCUGAGGGGACACCCUGCCAGAGAGGGACUUGGGGAGCCAGGGGUUCUGGGGGACUGCUCUGUCCCCAUUCAGCCUCUGAAAGUGGAGGCCGAGGCACUGGGUCCGGAUCUUGGGCAGUCGGGGUGAGGCUGUGCCUCUCUAGGGAGACCAGGCUCGAAGUCUUAGAAUGGAGCCCGGGCCCCUCGGGACACCCCAGCCUCAUGUGCCCCUCCCCCCACACACUCUUUGGCGCAGCCAGCAGAUGAUGGAGCCUGGGAAGGGGGAGCCCUGGGGACACGCCUCCCAUUCGGGAAGGGUGUGACC